AUGGCUUAUCCUCUUUUAGAAGAUGACUUAAGAUCCAUUAGGGUUGCUUUUGGAACUUGUCCUGGAAAUAGCACAAUGCAAUUUGGAGAGAGAUUUUGGCAAGGAUUUUUUUUUGGUGUAAUUAUAUUUUUUGUAUUGUCUAAAUAUAUACGUUCAUAUAAGAAGAGAAGAGGAAUGAGAGAAUGGAAAUCUUCUUCCGUAACAAAAGGUAGAGGAUAUCGUAGAACCAUAUUCGAUGAAGAUGAUAAUGUUGAUGGCCACUAUAAAAAAACAAAAUCCCAUGGAUUACUUGAAGAAAUUGAAAAAAGAAAUGGAUUUGAUUUAAAUGAUGAUACAACAAACAGUAAUCAUUUGGGUGAAGGAUCUCAUAGUGCAGUGCAUAAUUUAGAUGGACAAAAGGAAAGUCAAUUAUAUGAAAAUAAUUCAGAUGGAAAUCAUUCAUCUCAACAUAGCGUAGGUAGUCACUCUGUUAGUAGUCAAGAACAUAAGAAAGAACACAGUACUCAUGAUUUACCUGUAGGAAGAAAUCAUUCUUUAGGAAAUCUUAGCACAGGAACUGCUUCACAAGGAAGUACAUCAUCGAGACAUUAUUCAUUAGGAGGACAACCCUCAUCAUCAGGACGUUCUUUUAGUGGUUCGAAAUAUAGCACUAGCAAUUUGGCUAGCUCAAGUACAACCGAAAGUAGCAUAUCUGGUUUAAACACUAGUGAAGCUAAUGUAUAA